GGGAGAACAGGAAGAGGGGGUGAGCCAGUGUGGCUGAGCGAAGGAAAAAUCUGGACAGAGCGAGAGAGAUAGAGAACGAGAGAGAGAGAGAGAGACAGAGGGGGGGAGUGUGUGUAAGAGAGAGAGAUAGGCAGAGUGAGAGAGAGAGAGAGAGAAAGUGUGCUCAUAACGGUUUCUGCACGUAGCAGCCAGAGGCUCCCAUUAUGGGGCGUUUUAUUAUAGAGGGGGUUUUCGCCACUGGACUUUCAGUUUUGAAAUAUGCUAUGCAGUUAUAUGCUGACAGGACCAGUAAUCUCCCUCACUUUUACUCACUCACAGCGCAAGUCAGUUCAGGCAGUCGCUCACACUCUCACUUUGUCUCACUUUGUGGUCUCUCUCUCUGGACUAAAUCGGGAUGAUGGGAUACGUUACUCUCUCUGGAGGACUCCUCUGGGCUGCACAGCUGUUAGCUCUUCUGGUGAUGACAGUGGCAGGUAAUUACUGUACUGGGAAGAACCCAGUGAUUGACCCUCCUGCUCUGGUGGUGAAAUUCGGAAGUCCAGCCACAGCAACCUGCCGCACUGAGUACAAUGCAGAUCUUAUAGGCUGGGAGGCAACAAUGGGAGGUACAAGCAAAGAAAACGCACAGCAGCUGGUCUGGAAUGUGUCCAGCAUUACUGACUGGUCACUGAAGGGUGGCAUAACAUGCUUCACCAGCACUGAUGAGCAAUGUACGACUCAUCUACCAGUCACCAUAUACAAAAUUCCAGAGAAUGUAGACCUUGUUAUACAUAAUGCUGGUCCACUGGUGGAGGAACACACAUACUGGCUGGAGUGUGAGGUUAAGAGUGUGGCUCCAGUUAACAACCUCACCGUCAUCUGGUUCAGAGGGGACAGCAAGCUGGAACAGUCAGACUUCACUCAGUUCAAUAUUGUGGGCGAAGGAGAUCAGAACGUCACUGUGAGGGCUAAUCUGAGUAUCACAGCUUCCAGAGAGGACAACAGAGCCUCCUACAGCUGUGCUGCCCAACUGGACCUGAACACACCUGAGCCCAUUCCUAAUAACAGAUCGAAUAGUAUCCUACUGGAAGUAUUGUACGAACCCACAAUAGUGAGCCCCAGCGAGGAUGUGAGCUUAACAGAGGGGGACCGUCUGGAGUUGAACUGCACUGCUGAUGCCAACCCCAGCCCCACAUAUGAGUGGAGACGCGACAACAAGACCCUGGAGAACAGCAGCAGCAGCAGCAGCACUCUCCUCAUCGAGUCUGUAGAGAUGGACAGUGCUGGUGUCUAUGAGUGCAUUGUCAGCAACACUCAGGGGAAAGUCUCUGUAAAGAUGACUGUGGCUGUUUGGAGAAACUAUCUGACCUGGAUUGCCAUCCUGGUGGCAAUAGCUAUAUUGGUCUUACUAGCAGUAUUCAUAGGCAUCUACUGCACCUACCACAAGAAGAACAAGACUGGUGCAUACAUUCUGGCAAAGUUCAAAGGUGGUAACAGCCAGAAUGGACAGGUGGCUCACACCAAUGGAAAUACAGCGUAGGGGAUCAAAGGGCGGGUCCUUCGGACCUCAUUGUUGGUGAACAAGCUUCCAGGACGGAGAUGGUUCAUGUGCAAAUUAAACUAACAGAACAGCAGAGAAAAAACAAACUGAGAGAGAGAUGUUUGCCCCUGGAAUACUAUUGCAUUGAAAUUGCAUUGAAAAUUCUCUCUCUCUCUCUUCUUCUCUCUCUCUCUCUUCCUGUCUCUCUUACGCUGUCCAAAGUUAGAACCCACUACCCAUUGACUGCUCAACAAACACAGUAGUAAAUGUCAAGGCAUAACAAAAUCAAAUCAAUCAAUUUCCAAAAACAGUUUCUCAAAGCAUGUCUAGACUGAUAAAGACUUCUGCAUCAGUGCACCAUGACAGAUGGAAAAUCGGAUUCGGAGCGUCAUGGACACCAAAAAAUGGCCGUGCCAGUUCCUGAUCAUGUGACAGGCUUUAGGAACUAUGGGAUGCCAACAACGACACAGGGAAAAAAACACGUUGGACAAUUUAUCGUCUUUUCAUGGAAAAGUCACACUGAAUGUUAUAUUCAUAUCAGUUGUGUGGAAAACAAAGAAAUGAAAGAUCAAUUAAACAAAUGUUAUUAAGUUACAUUAUGUAAGCAGAACAGAAUUUCACUGUGGAGUCAGAGUUAUAUUUAUAAAUACAUACAUGGGUAAGUUGCUUCAGUACAACAUGUUUGGUUUGUAUACAGUGUAAAAUAAUAUGUUUUUCAUUCUUAUGUAUUCCUGUGCUGUACAGCUAUGUCUUAAAAGCUAAGUGAUGCUAAGUGAUUUCUAACAUGUAACAAUUUUUGUGACAUUCAGCGAAUAUCUCCCCAUGAUCCGCUAGCUCUCCAUUCUCUGAGUAGACUAAACUGUAAAAAACCCCAAUCUUCUUACAAAAGGUCAAAAGGGAAGACAUUCCGCUGUAAGAUUCCACACCAGUGCCGAAGUUAUAAUGUUUCUCACAUUUUCUCAUCAGGUUGUUUGACGGCUUGUUCUGUUUAAAUGUAAAUAAUCAGAUACAGUAUCUAGUCAACUAUGAGGUUAUGUCCAUGCGUGCUGCUGGUGUGUUAAAUUAAGAGAUGUGUGACUGGUGAAGCCGGGGUGGACCUUAAGGGUUAACUAUGGAUGGUUCCUGCCACUAGAUACUUAACAUUUUUUGGCCGGGAGAAGGAAGUUUGAGAAUGUGUGGGAGUCAAAUGGAGAGCUCAGUAGAAAAUACAGACACACACGAGCAUGUGCACACAAACACACUCAAAUAAACACACACACACACACACACAAACACUCAGGCAAGCACAAACACUCAGGCAAGCACAUAAAUGUAAAGUCAGGCUCAGCAUAAAUACAUCUGAAACACAACAGACUGUAAUGGAAGAGUGGUGGGAAGUAUUAAUUCACAUGCUAUGUGUAAACAGUAUGAUGUGUGUGUGUGUGUGUGUGUACGAUUUGGUCAUACUUUUGUGCCUUAUAGCGUGUUAAAUUCUAUGUUUAUACUACUGUUGCCUUUUUGGAUUGAAGAUGUGGUCACUGUUUUGCUUUUACCUGCAAUGAUGAUCUUUAUCUAAGACAAAGCUGACAAUUGCAUUUGUAUCUUCUGUGCAUGUUGACUAUGUAAAGAGCAAAGAUCAUGACUUACACCAUAAGUCCAGAAGCAUUUUAAAUGUGUGUUUGUGUGUGUGUGUGGUUUUUUUUUUUUUUAACAAGAACUACUUUCUAUGCCUUUAAUUGAAUGUAAGCACCUUGUGCAGGCCUAUGUGCCUCAAAGAAACAGUAUGGAGAUCUGUAGUUUUGUAUUUAUUAAUGUUAUAUUGUAUACUGAGCAAACAAUGACAAUUUGUUGCUCCUAUUUUUUCAUAAAUGGAAGUAAAUAAAAAAGUGAUCUUCUAUUCAAACAGAAUGUUUAUUUCUCCAUUUUUUUAACACAUUUGUUAUAGUCUAUGUUAGUGAGCAACAGGAUCCAUUCACCGGACAUGUGUGACAUCUAAAGAAGCUGAUUAAAAACGUGUGCUAUCACACAGAUGUCCUGUUGGUCUGGUCAUCUUAAGAAGCUGAUUAAAACGUGUGCUAUCGCACAGAUGUCCUGUUGGUCUGGUCACACUAAAAGGCCACUCUAAAAUGUGCAUUUUUAAAACAAAACAAUGCCACUGAUAGCCAGUUUUGAGGAAGCGUGGUGCUUGCAGGACAGGCCGUGCAACUGAGGGCUUGUUACUCUGUGAACUGAAUGUGAAGAGGAAACGCUCACAAAUAAAGAUUGUUACCACAUGUGUACACA